AUGAGGAUCGCCGAGAUCUGCUCCCAGGAUCCCCGGCAACCAAACCUCGAUUCUCCAACUCCUACACCUCCUCCUCCGUCGCCGGCACCGGAUCACAAACACGAACUCCUCCUCUCUCACAUCGAGUCCCUAAUCAAACGAACGGAAAGCAUCUCAACCUCUACGGCCAACACCUUACCCGAGGGUCUCUCCGCCGACCUCCGCCAAGCCCUAGCUCACUUCCCUCAACUCCUCCCUCUCCCCAAUUCCGUCAAGCUUCAAAUCUGGAAGCUCAGCCACCGCCUCUGGAACGCCUGCGUUGACAUCUCGAAUUCCCUCACCAUCCGCAGUUCAUCUUCCGCGUCUGUCACCGAGCACCACGCCAAGCUCCGCCAUGUCGCGGCGGAUAUGCUCUGCCUUGCAAAGGAAGUCGACGGGGUGCCGUCUCCGGAGAUCAAGUGCGCCUCCUUCUACCAGAAGACCGGCGUCAUAUGGCACGAUCUCGGUAAGUUCGAUCUCGCUUCCGCUUGCUUGGAGACGGCGACGGAGAUCGUCGCGAAAAUCGAUCUCUCCAGAGUGUCCGACUCCGGGGAGAGGAAGCUGGUUCUGGAGAUAAAUCUCGCCAGAUCUCGAACCGCCUGGCAGGUUUCUGAUCGGAAUCUCGCGGUGAUGCUUCUUAAUAGGGCAAAAUCGCUGCUCUUCGGAGCUCCGGAUCACUACAAAUCCCUAGCCAAUCAGUACUUGUCGUUUGGUAAAAGCGCGUUGUCGGCGAAUGACGUCAACGCUUUCAGCGAAGCGUUGAAGUUGAUGAACGAAGCUUUAGAUCUCUGUGAGAAAGGAUCCGGUGUAGCGCGGACGAGGGAGCAAGUUUCGCAGCUCAGGGAGUUGAAAGUGAAAGCUCUCCGGUUCAUCUCCGCCGUGCAUUUACAAAAGGGAGAGUUCGAGAGCGUGAUUAAAUGCGUCAAGGUAUUGAGAGAAGGCGGUGGAGAGAGAGGUGAUCAUCAUGCGAGUCUUCCUGUUCUGGCUAUGAAGGCCUGGUUAGGGUUGAGGAGGUAUGAGGAAGCGGAGAAGGAGCUGAGAGGUAUGGUCACGAACAAGGGAGUUCCUGAAUCUGUUUGGGUGUCUGCAAUUGAGGCAUAUUUUGAGGCAGCUGGUACUGCAGGGGCGGAAACUGCCAAGGCUGUAUUUCUCGGGCUGCUUGGGAGGUGCCAUGUGAGUGCUAAUGCUGCAGUUAGAUUGGCUCAUAGGGUAAUCGGAGAUGGAGCUGGUGGGGAAGGGUCGAAGGUGAGAGCUCAAGUAGUAUUGGAGCUGGUUUCCGAUGAGAGAGUGGUCGCUCUCUUCUCCGGCCAAACGGAUGCCAAGGAGAUCGGAACAAUGCAUGCCAUUCUAUGGAACUGUGCUUCGGAUUACUUCAGAUCAAAAGACUAUAAGAUGGCUGCCGAGAUGUUUGAGAAAUCAUUGCUAUAUGUUCCACAUGAAAUCGACAGAAGAAUACUCCGAGCAAAAGGGUUUAGAGUUUUGUGUCUCUGCUACCUCGGUGUCUCUGAGCUUGAUCGAGCUCAUGAGUAUAUAACUGAGGCUGAAAAGCUCGAUCCCAACAUAGCUUGUGCAUUUCUCAAGUUCAAGGUCUUACUGCAAAUGAACGACCAAACUGGUGCCAUUAAUCAAAUCCAAACCAUGAGAUCAUGCCUGGAUUUCACUCCAGAGUUCCUUUGUCUUGCGUCCCACGAAGCCAUCGCUUCUCGCGCACUCCAAGUAGCUGCAUCUUCUUUAUCCAAUCUACUCGAUUGCUACACGUCAGGAAAUCCUAUGCCAGCAACAGAAGUAGUUGUCUUCCGCAGUUUAGUGACGAUCCUCAGUCAAGAACCAGGCAACGAGCAACAAGUCCUCAAGUACAUGAAGUGGGGUCACUCGAGGGCUUCCGAGUUAGGGAAAGAGUGCUUUUAUGGGAAAGAUGAGGUUGGUAAAAGAGAGCAGAAUUGGUUUGCAGUGACUUGUUGGAAUCUCGGGACUCGAUGCGGCAAAGCGAAGGAGUAUCAGCUGUGUGCCGAAUUUUUUAGAUUGGUAUCUCAAUUUUGCGAGAAUACAUCUGAGGAUCAAGCGAUCAUGGUCUGCAAAUCUUUGAUACUAACAGUGUCUGCAAUGAUGGGGUCGGAGAUUCAAACGCAGACUCCAUUGCCAAACUCCGACAUAAAACAAGCUGCUGAACUUCUGGAUAGAGCCGGAAAGAUGCUUGCUACAAUCUCUGCGGGGACUGGAUUCGAUGCUGAUGAGAUCAGAGAUAUGGAAUCUCAAGUCUUGUUCAUGUACACAUUCAACGCCUACCAAAUCCACGGAAGGAUGAUGCUUGACGACCAAGCAACCCACCAACAACAACAACUCGACCUAGUCAAGGCCUUCGCUGCCUCAAAAGCUUGCAAUCCAAGGGACCUCCUCCAGAUCGGGCUGACAGCAUCCGAACCUCCACUGCUCAACCGUGAGGUAGCUGUCUUUGCUCUCAACCAGUCCCUCUCAUCCCUCCUGUCCCUCCCUUCCCCGGACUACUACGAAAUUGCGGUCGUAGCGAGGAGACUGAUAGGAGUGGUGAGCUUUCACAAGGGGGAUUACGAGGACGAUGAUGCUGUGCAUGGAAUGUACAAGCAGGCGUAUAGGAUCAUGGUCGGGUUGAAGGAAGGGGAGUACCCUACGGAGGAAGGGAGGUGGCUGGCAACGACGGCUUGGAAUAGGGCAGUGGUGCCCUUGAAGUUGGGGCGGGUUGAGGUUGGGAAGAAGUGGAUGGGUGUUGGGUUGGAGAUUGCUGGUAAGGUCGCAGGGAUGGAGGAGUAUAGGAGUUAUAUGGAGGAGUUUGUUUCUGGGUUCGUGAAGAAGUUGCCUUUGAGGAAUGCUGGCUGA